GUUGUUGUUGUGACCGACAAACAAACAGUCAAUCGUUCAUUUAUUUAUAUUUGUACUCCGAAAUAAACAAAAGAUUGUUUAAUUUCACUUUGACGAUGGCGAGUUUGGAUGAAAAGUGGAAAGCUUUGGUCAAGUUUAAGUCUGUUGUGGUAGAUCGUGAAAGAGAUGUUGUUCAAGUGACAAAAGAACUGUAUGAUCUUCAUAGCAACAGAGAACAACUCAGGGGUGUAACAAGUAGUUGCAACUAUCGCUUGACGAUACCAUUCGCUCCGCACAUGUUCGGUUCUGGCAAGACUACGUUUUGUCAUAACUAUUUGGAGUUGGUGCAAAGGUUUGGUGAAAAUUUUCUGUCGACUUUUGCUUCGGACCCUUUGAGGAGAACCUUUUUGGAGAAGCUGAAAAGGGCUUCGUUGCUCUUUGUGGAUUUGAGGGAGUUGAAGCCCACAGAACCGAAAGAACGCAACCUAAAGUGGACAGUCUACUAUCGAAUGAUAGAAGCGUGUUGCACUUCUGUUGGACAAGAACCAGAGGAUGAAGAAGUAGUAUUUAAAGAAUGCCGUACACGUCCCUAUAAGUUAGUUAGAAAACUUCGUUCCAUCUUAAACAUUCCUUCCGAUCAAUAUCUUCUUAUAGCUUUUGAUGAAGUUGGUGUAUUUGAUACAAAGGCAACUUUUUUUGAACUGGAGAAGAAUGACAAAGGUGUGGUUCGACCUUACAAUGACUUUUUCGGCAUCAUUAGUCAAUUGUGCGAAGAACCCGACUUGUUUUUUAUAGUUGUUGGGAAAAGCAAGGGUUUAAGUAUUAAGAAUGAUGUGGCUUUUGGGCUAUCGAGAGUUAUACUACAUUUUAUCCCUUUAUCACCUUUGGACGCUUCCAGUAUCGUUGAAUUCCUUGAAAAGAGUCUUCUAAAGACACCUACUCAAGUUCCAGUUUGUAAUGUCUUAUGUAGUUCUUCAUUUUCAGUAAAUGAAUUGGCAGAUUCGUUAUUGGAAUGUACAGGUGGUGUUCCUGGUUUACUUGUUCGAGCAAUCAGUUACCUUUUGCUGUAUAAAUCAUCCAACAACAAUUUCUUAUUAUCUAAGGAAACCUUCUUGAUCAUAAUGAAUAGCUUUCUAGUAACAAAUUAUUGUGUUGCGACAUUCUUACCUCGUCUGAUAAGUCUCAGUGAGCAGCGUAAGCGCUUGUUAAGAAUGCUUACGUUAUUAUCUUUGUAUCGUAUUCGAUUUGAUUUUGAUAAAAACUGUGCAAAUAUGUGUCUCUAUCGUCGAUUGGUUAUAGAACCAGACCGCAACGAACGCUAUGAAGUGUUGACUCCCAAGUUACUGAUUGAAUAUAUUGACCAAGGCUUAAAGGAUGAUCGUUUAGAAUGGUUACUUUUACAAACCCUCAAGUCUCAAUCUGUCGAAUUCUUUUAUGAGUCGAAAUGUCGAAUUUUGGAAGGUCUUAUUGCUACACUGUUUUAUUUACACUUUUCUCGGCAUCCUACAAACAGCUCAAUGUUUUCUACUCUUGGUCAAUUGUCUCGUGUUUGGAAUGAAAUGAAUUUACAAUUUUCUUCCGAAUCUGCUGCUUAUUAUAUGAAAUCUAUACAUUAUACCAGAGCUGUAUUAGGAACAGAGAGAAUGACAUUUGGAAGCAAUGAUGAAUGGGAAAGGAUAGUGAAAGAAAUGUUAGAAUUUGAAAAGAUAUAUAUUCCAUUUCAUUCAACUUUUCAUAGUCCAGAUAUAUUAUUCAAGUUGCAUGGAAGAACGAAUGAGAAGAACUUGAUGAUUGUGGGUAUUGCUUGUAAAGGCCGAUGGAGUCGUAAUGGUAUUCGAUGGAAUGAAAUUUUGGAAGAAGCUCACAAGUUUUUGAAACCAGUUCAUGAUCAAGUAUUGACUAGUCAUCCUACAUGGCAUUGUAUGUUGAUUAUUAUGAGUACUCAGUUAGCAACCAACGUAUCUGAGGACUUGAAUCAUUCUAGUCGUUGUUAUUCAUCUGGCGAUAGUGUUGGAGAAUUCUUGAUUCCUCACAACUGUGAAUUGGUUAUUCUUUCUGAAGCUGAUGUAGAAAACUUUAUUGGCAAAGACAUUUUAUCAAAUUUAAGGAACGCUUUCAAGGCUGUGGAUAAUCCACAUUCGAGAAAUAUUGGCAUUUCAACACUACAAAAAAUAGUUUUAUUGCUUUCCAAAAAUAUUUAGGAAUAUCUUGUUUUAAUAUCUGAGAAAUUUUCUAAAACAAACAAUUUUCAAAAGUUGUUAUAAAUCAGGGGCUGUUUUA